CAUCCCUGGACAAAGGCGAUAGGUCGGAACCGCGAGUCAGCGCUCACAUGCGGCCACGUCAUUUGAACUCUCUUCGGCUCUCUCGUUUAUGCUGACAUUCUGAGAAGUUUUUUGAGGAAGCGGCAAAGCCCUCAGUUUUCUACUCGUUGGCAAAUUAGGCGAAAAGCAAUUUUGGUAACGCGUGCGUUCCGAGACGCAGCGAAAGGGCGAAAGCAAAAGGAAGUACAACAAACAAGCAGCCAACCGGACAGCCAAGUAGCCAAGUCGGCGGAUUAGAUCAGGAUGAAUAUCUUUCGCUUUGCUGGGGAUCUAUCACAUGUGUUUGCCAUCAUAAUACUGUUGCUGAAGAUAUGGAAGACCCGCUCGUGCGCCGGAAUAUCGGGCAAGUCACAGAUCCUGUUCGCUGUGGUCUAUCUGACGCGAUACCUGGACCUGUUCACCACCUACGUGAGCUUGUACAACUCGGUGAUGAAGGUGCUGUUCCUGGCCACGUCCGGUGCCACCGUGUACCUGAUGUACGUCAAGUUUAAGGCCACAUACGACCACAAUCACGACUCGUUCCGCAUCGAAUUCCUGCUGGUGCCCUGUGCCCUGCUCGCUCUCGUGAUCAACCAUGAAUUUACCGUGAUGGAGGUGCUCUGGACCUUCUCGAUCUAUCUGGAGUCGGUGGCCAUUCUGCCGCAGCUGUUCCUCGUGAGCAGAACCGGCGAGGCCGAGUCCAUCACCAGCCACUACCUCUUCGCCCUGGGAUCAUACCGCGCACUCUACUUGCUUAACUGGGUGUACCGGUACAUGGUCGAGUCGCACUACGACCUCAUCGCGAUCUUCGCCGGAGUUGUCCAGACCGUUUUGUACUGCGACUUCUUCUACUUAUACAUUACCAAAGUUCUUAAGGGCAAGAAGCUCCAGCUGCCGGCAUAAGCGGAUAAGUGCAUUGAUGUGGGGCAUUUGUAUUUUGUCGGUACACAUCAUCAAUCGAGGUCAAAGUAAACAAGCGAGCGAUCCACGGGCCGUUUGACAACGCGUAUUUCGUUCAUAUUAUACAAAAGAUACAGAAUCGAGAGCAGCGCCUAAGUUGUAAUUAUUUUAUGAGAAAUAAACCUAAACACCGAAAGUAAACUAUCUUGCAAUACCGACAUCGUACAUUGGAAAUGUGACAAAUGUAUUAAUCUCCGUUUUCCGAACUGCACACACUCGGCUAUCACAAAUUUUAGAAUCCAAAAAUAUUAAAACAUUACUCCAGUAAGAGAUAACGUUAAUUAACAAAAUCUAAACCAUGUUUUUCUCUUUUGCGCGGAGGCUUAUCUGAUUCGCAAUAGUAUCACAAAAGAAGUCUUAGAUUUCUUUGUUUAAUUAAGAAUUUAAAGUUAUGCAUUAAAUAGCUUUUAAGCCAACUGUAUCCUAAAAAUCCGAGUAAGUUUAAGUCUUAUUGUGUGGCUAAUAGUAAAGUUAAUUAUGAGCGAUGUCAACAUA